ACAUAUCCCUGUCAAUUCACAUGAUUAACAAAAGAAUGCAAUUAUCCAUUGUUCAGUAUGUUCACUGCUGGAUCACUGCCCAGCUGGGAAACCCACGGGGAGCAGGUCUUGAUGAGAUUAAAUCACUGCAUAUGCGUGGCUUUGUUUGACGACUUGCUUGUUCGGUCUUUCGGGAUGCACGGGCAGUGUCGAGUCGUUCAAAAAAGCUGGACACCCUCUCACUCCUCCAGUGAAGCUUCUUCACCAUAAAAACAGCACACCCAUCUUCUUCUCCACUCU